CUCAGGCAGCGCGGUUGCGCGCCGAGUCAUCGAUCGGCCGACCCCGAGAGGCCUGGCUCCUUUAGGCCGCCUGCCCGCCUCCAGCUCUCGGGGUCCGCUCCAGGCGGGGCCCUCAAGAGUGGGGCGGGCGCUCAUAUUCCAGAGCCCCACCGGCAGGGCGGCCACGGUGGCGGGGUUGUUUCCUCGUUUCGCCUCAGCAACCCCUCGGCUCCGGUAAUAGCCGGUCCGGAGUCGCAGCCGUUUGGGGCGGGAGCUGUUCGGUCCCGCCGCCGUCCCCGUCGCCGCCUCCGGGUCCAGGCCCCACGGGCCGCCUGCCGCCGUCAUGAGGCUGCGGGUGCGGCUUCUGAAGCGGACUUGGCCGCUGGAGGUGCCCGAGGCAGAGCCGACGCUGGGGCAGUUGCGCGCGCACCUGAGCCAGGCCCUGCUGUGCACCUGGGGGUACAGUUCUGAUACCCGAUUUACAAUUACAUUGAACUACAAGGAUGCCCUCACUGGAGAUGAAGAGACCUUGGCUUCCUAUGGGAUUGUUUCUGGGGACUUGAUAUGUUUGAUUCUUCAAGAUGACAUUCCAGCGCCUAAUUUACCUUCAUCCACAGAUUCAGAGCAUUCUUCACUCCAGAAUAAUGACCAACCCUCUUUGGCCACCAGCUCCAAUCAGACUAGCAUACAGGAUGAACAACCGAGUGAUUCAUUCCAAGGACAGGCAGCCCAGUCUGAUGUUUGGAAUGACGACAGUACGUUAGGGCCUAGUCAAAAUUUUGAAGCUGAGUCAAUUCAAGAUAUUGAGGAUAUGGCAGAGGGCACAGGUUUCUAUCCCUCAGAACCCAUGCUCUGUAGUGAAUCGGUGGAAGGGCAAGUGCCACAUUCAUUAGAGACCUUGUAUCAAUCAGCUGACUGUUCUGAUGCCAAUGAUGCCUUGAUAGUGUUGAUACAUCUUCUCAUGUUGGAGUCAGGUUACAUGCCUCAGGGCACCGAAGCCAAAGCACUGUCCAUGCCGGAGAAGUGGAAGUUGAGCGGGGUGUAUAAGCUGCAGUACGUGCAUCCUCUCUGCGAGGGCAGCUCCGCUACUCUCACCUGUGUGCCUCUGGGAAACCUGAUCGUUGUAAAUGCUACACUGAAAAUCAACAAUGAGAUUAGAAGUGUGAAAAGAUUGCAGCUGCUACCAGAAUCUUUUAUUUGCAAAGAGAAACUAGGGGAAAAUGUAUCCAAGAUAUACAAAGAUCUUCAGAAACUCUCUCGCCUCUUUAAAGACCAGCUGGUGUAUCCUCUUCUGGCUUUUACCCGACAAGCACUGAGCCUACCAGAUGUAUUUGGGUUGGUCGUCCUCCCGUUGGAACUGAAACUACGGAUCUUCCGACUUCUGGAUGUUCGUUCCGUCUUGUCUUUGUCUGCAGUUUGUCGUGACCUCUUUACUGCUUCAAAUGACCCGCUUCUGUGGAGGUUUUUGUAUCUGCGUGAUUUUCGAGACAAUACUGUCAGAGUUCAAGACACAGAUUGGAAAGAACUGUACAGGAAGAGGCACAUACAAAGAAAAGAAUCCCCCAAAGGGCGGUUUGUGAUGCUCCUGCCAUCGUCAACUCACGGCAUUCCAUUCUAUCCCAACCCCUUGCACCCUAGGCCGUUUCCUAGCUCCCGCCUUCCUCCAGGAAUUAUCGGGGGUGAAUAUGACCAAAGACCAACACUUCCCUAUGUUGGAGACCCAAUCAAUUCACUCAUUCCUGGUCCUGGGGAGACGCCCAGCCAGUUCCCUCCACUCAGACCACGCUUUGAUCCAAUUGGCCCACUCCCAGGACCUAACCCCAUCUUGCCAGGGCGAGGCGGCCCCAAUGACAGAUUUCCCUUUAGACCCAGUAGGGGUCGGCCAACUGACGGCCGCCUGUCAUUCAUGUGAUUGAUUUGUAAUUUCAUUUCUGGAGCUCCAUUUGUUUUUGUUUCUAAACUACAGAUGUCAACUCCUUGGGGUGCUGAUCUCGAGUGUUAUUUUCUGAUUGUAGUGGUGAGAAUUGCACUCCCAGAAGCCUUUUAAGAGAUAUAUUUACAGCCCUAGGGGUGGUGUGACCCAAAGGUUCCUUUGUGGCAAGGUUGGCCUUGGGAAUAGUUGGCUGCUGAUCUCCCUGCUCUUGGUUCUCCUCUAGAUCGAAGGUGGUUUUCUGAUGCUGUUCUUACCAGAUUAAAAAAAAAGUGUAAAUGA